AUGACUACCGCAAUUGUUGCCGGCGGAUACUGGACAUUCGAAAACUACGGCCCCAUAACAACAACAUUCACCCCUGCGCCCAGCUGUACCGCAACGGACAGACUCUCUCUCGCCCUGAUUGAUGAAUAUAUGACCCAGGCCCAAUUCCAAGUCGCCUGUCCUACACCAACGAGUGACUGGGACUGUAUUCCGCCUGGCACCACCACGUCGGCAACUUGGUAUGAUGAGACAAAAUGGGUCGCUUCUGCUGGAUACUAUUCGCCGGGAUUGUACUGUCCCUACGGUUGGGAGACGAUUGGUAUGGCAGCGCGUGAUGAUAAGUCGCUGAGUACCUCUGGAUUUUUAACCACGAUGGAGGAUAAGAUACCGUAUUAUGAGGAGCCUGCGACACUUUUGGCGAAUCUUUUGGAGCCGAGUCGGACGAUGGCGCUUUGUUGUCCCAGCUCCAUGACGCCAAAUGGUCUCGGACAAUGCAUUGCUCAAGUCCCAACCUAUAAGCCCAGCGUCGGCUGUGAGGUCUACGUGGAUAGUGACUACAGUUGGGAGAAGGUUACCAGGACACACGUGCAUUCCGGCAUCACGAAGACAAACACCUACGACGUGAAUUCGUUUGUGAGCGCUACUACGUCGACUUCAUCUACAUCCUUUCCUCGUGGAAUCGAGGGUGUGCUGACGGCUAUGUCUUUUGUGCCUAUGGUUACCAUGGUACAUCAUCAGUCUGAUCUGGAGGCAGCUGGGUUUACGGCUAGGUCUACCAGUGCAAACUAUAGCGGGACUGGGACUAUAGCUAGCACUGCUAGCUCUAAGUCCACGGGGAAUGCUUCUACGUCUAAUGCUGCGUAUAUACUUGGUAGCAAGGCGUCUGAUUGGAAUGAAUAUGGUGCGAUUAUUGGGAGUUCGGCUGUUGCGAUAGCACUGGGCGUGGCUUUGAUUAUACAGUAUUAG